AUGCUGUUCAUCAAACAAGGCUUUCACUUCCUGAUCCAUGGCACUGCUGUGGUAAUAUCGCCGGAUUACAAGUCUACCAACCCGAGCAUGAGUGAGUUCUCUACGGCCAACUUCUACUCCUAUGUCACACCUCAGGGGUAUUUCAGCUUCGGAUGGUGGCUUCCUGCCAUCCCUGGUGCAGACACCAGCCACUGCUCUCCUCGGCCUGAAAUCCAAGAUAUAGACUGGUACGAGUACACCACGACGGGCAGCUGCAACGAGACUUCCUGCGAGGUGCACGCAGUGAACUACAUGCUCGACAACCUCGGCUCGCCAUUGUUGGAUGUCGACUAUGUGGCAAGGUUUCUUGACAUUGCAGAGAAGGAAGAGGCGCCCUUGGGUCAAUUGACGCUCAGUUACUUCAAUCAGCCCAAGGGCGCAUUUGGCGUGGCCUCACAUCAAAUGAUUAGCAACGAGCAACGAUCCUCAGGUGACUGCCAUGAUGCAUUUCAUACAUUGUCAAAGUUGCGAAGGGAAUUCGAUGUGCCUUUGAACUUCACUUUUGAGAAUCCCUGUCAGAUCAUAGGCGACGAGGCAACAGACUACCACUCCCUGAUCCGUGAUCAAUAUGUAAAGGAUAAAAACCAGAUUUACCUAUUGAAGACGCCAUUUCGAACGGUUUUCGUAUUGCCGCCGCGGAGCGUGACGAAAUAUGGCUGGUUGCCGGAACAUAAAAUCUCAUCCGCUGUUGAUCUUGGUGAACGAUUUCUCAGCGAUUAUACUUGGAUUGGAUCCACAACGCCGGAAGAUGAAGGUGAUCGCACACACACGGCCAUCACCUAUGCAAAAGGAUCUCUCACGAAGAAUGCCGCUCAACUGAUCGACAUUGUCUACGAAGAGGUGGAUUAUGCACUCGACAAGGAACUCGGCAGCGACCCAUAUAUGAAAAUGCGCAUUUCAGUGCAUCAACUUACAACCACUAUUUUCCUACACGUCUUUGAGCGACUAUUCUUGGGCAAGGAGUUGGGUCGUAAUCCGGAAUGGAUGAAAUUGUCCGCGGAACAUUCAGGCGCCGCAUUCACUGCUGCAUUCGCCCUGUCAAAGUAUCACUGGAUGAUAAGACCGGUUGCCGCUCGCUUCGUUCCUGAGAUGAGACGACUACGUUCGUUAAAUGCCACAUUGGAACAAUAUAUCCAGCCUCUUCACCAGGCUCGACUGCGCGAUUUGCAGCAGCCCGACUUCAAACCUCCGGCUGACUUGAUUCAGUCGUUCAUCGAGCACGCGGGCAAGCAUGCGACUAAUUCGAGUAAGCUGGUCGAGGCUAUGGUGCAGACGAACAUUGCUGGUAUAUCGAGCACUGGGCGAGUGUUACUUCAAGCAUUGUUCGACCUGGCUGAGCAUCCUGAGCUCGUGCCGGAAUUGAAUAAAGAAAUAGCCCAGGUCAGACAGGAAGUGGGUGGAAAAACUGCAGACGCGAGGACUAUGUUGAACCCAACUGCUCUCGCAAAGUUACAUAAGAUGGAUUCACUUUUCAAAGAGUCUCAGCGAUUCCGUCAUGCCAAUCUGCUUUCUGUCUACCGCAAGGCCAUUCAGCCGCUUCGAUUGAACGGUGAUAUUGUUCUUCCUGCAGGAUCCUAUGUUGCCGUCCCUGGCGCCAUCCAGGCGACCACAGCCGAGGACGGAUCUAGCCUACCAUUCCGGCCUUUCCAAUGGGCAGAAAAACGGGCCUCUGCAGAACGCGACCAUACGGAGGUGAAAUUGGGCUACGUAUUCUCAGGGCCGGAAGCGCUCGAAUUCGGCGCCGGAUCUCACGCCUGUCCUGGGCGGUUCUUCGCCACACACGCCCUCAAGGUAGCUCUCAUGCGUAUUUUGGAUCGCUACGAGAUCCGCAUGCCAGCGGGGUCUCAGCGGCCACCGACGGUGUACAACCAUCUUUUUGAGAUGCUGCAAGACCGCAGCGCUGCGAUGGAGUUCUCUGCCAAAAGAUAA